AUGACUGUACUUAGGACAAUGACUCUGAGGAAUGGGAAGAGUGUUGCAAAGGAAGGUACAAGUGGUACCGACGAUGCAGAGGCUGUCGUGGAGGAAGCCAUGGAGUCCAUGAGUAUUGCUCAGGGAGAAUCGUCGCAGACGGUACAACCCAGCGGAGAGGUCGACAUGGAAGUUGACGACGAGGCGGAGAGCUCAUUGAGACAGGAAUCCCCCUCAGUCGGUCAUACACGAGGUCAGUCUGGCGUUCUGCCCGUAAUCACAGCGGAGUAUUGCCAGGAGCAGGUUAAUAAUCUGGGGCAGCAGUUGGAGAUUCAUACGGCAACAAAGGGACAACUGACGGCAAUGAUGAUGAUGAACGGUGGAGGAACCCCGGAGCAGAGCCAGAGGAUGGGCCAGUUGCAGGAUACGGUCCGCAGCAUCAAGGCGCAGCUGGAGUUAUGGGAGUCGAGUCUAGAUGAUAUGAACUUGGCGAGGAAAGCCAAAGCGAGGACUGUCCACAGCACCGCAUCGUCAUCGUCUACACCCAGCUUCCCAAAGUCCUCCUAUGGCGGGAAUGGCACUAUGGACGACAAGCAGAUUGUGCUUCUCAAUGUUAUGCCCAGGUACCAUCGUAAGGUGCCAGAUCAUGAGAUGCCUAAAGUCGACGCUAAGACGUCCGGUCCUAUCCGAACUUCAGUUCGCUGUUUCCUGUAUGAGUUUCAUACCCAAGCGUUGGCGAAUCUAGAUGUCAAAGUGCAGGAUGCAUUAACAGGAGCGAGGAAAAAGGAUACGGGUCCGGCGUGGACGUGGGAUCAGUGCGAGCAGACAUUCGUGGAUUGCGCCAUGACUCUGCAUGAGAAGACGUCUGAGGUGGAGGAGUUCGCCAAGAUGGGCAGAGAGAAGACAGAGUCUUUUAAGGAUUGCAUGGUAGCAAAGGUUCACGAAUCCACUGACCAGACCCCAGACCCCCCAGUACAAACCCCAGACCCCUCCAGUUCCCCUGACACCUCACCCAGCACCUCUUCCAUCCCCUCGCCCUGUCUUCCCCCUAUCGACACGUAUUUUAUCACAGAUUUUUUAUCGGAACUCACCAUCAUGAACAACGACAACCAAUCCCUUCCCACCAUCAUUGAACUCGACACCACCUCCAAACCCGCCAAGUAUGACGGCACUCGCGAUGGCUUCAAAUGCCUUGCGUGGCUAAAGGAGGUGCAACGCUACUUCACCAUGAAGAACGUACCUGACAGAAAACGCACCAUUCAUGCCGUCAACCUCCUUAACCAAACCUCUCUCCUCUGGUGGGAAUCCCUUAACAUCGACGACACCUGCGAGUACCUCACCUUCACAACCUUGUUCAAGAAGGCAUAUAUGCCUGACGGCUUCCUUGAACACGUCCGCGGCCUCCUCCUCAAUGCCAAGCUCACCACCAACCUCGCCGAGUACCUUACCCGCAUCCGCCUCUACAUGAACAUUUUACUUGCGGAGGAUCCCACCGGCCGCGUCUUCCUUGAAUCCACCGUCAGAGUUGUUUUUCUCCAAGGCUGCCCCGACGACCUGAGGCAAUUACUUCAGACUGAUCAGGUAUCUAACCCCAACAACACUUUUUUCGACAUGUGCUCCAAGGCUGAAGGAUUUGACACCAUCUAUGCUUUCGGACCCAGAGGCGCCACCAAGGGUAUGUUCGCCAAGGCUAUGAAUAACAUCCGCUCACAAACCCCGACCUCCAACUCAGCCCCAACCUCCGCCCCCGCCUUCGACCCAAUGGCGAUGGAGAUUGAUAACAUCAGUGUCGACCCCACCACCCGCGCACUCAUGUCCUCGGUCCAGUCCCUCACUAUCGCUGUCAACGCUAUGGCAUCUCAGUUCAACAACCAGCAACAGCAACAAAACCGCCCGCGCCUUGCCCGCCUCACCGAUGAAGAAAGACUAUACUUGGAGAACAACAACGGCUGUUUCAAGUGCCGCCGACCCAAUGCCGGACAUUACUCCUGGGACUGUGGGAAAAACCGCAAUACGCCCCGACCUCCCAGGUCCCAGGCCGUCAACAACAUUGCUUACGUGGGCAACCCCCCAACAGACCAGUCGGGAAAUGCCCCCAGCAACUAG